CUGGACCCGGAAGCUCCCUCCGGGUAUGGGUAUGGCCUCAAUCCAGACCGUGUUCCCUUGGGAUUUCUCACUCUGGCUGUGUUCCCAUUGAGUGAUAGUUUCAUGCGGGGUCGCAGGAAAUCCUGACUGUGCUUGGUGUUGACAGUGACAGCUUCUGAAUAGAUGCAAAAUUAUGGCGGACGGAGUGAACGUGGGACAAUAUGGAAAUGACAAUAAUGGUAAAGAAAUUCGUCAAUUGCUGAAUAGUUACAGCGACAAGGAGUUAAACCUUAUUACCCUGUUCUACCAUGAGAGAUUGGAGGAUGCAAUUUUACACCUGGUGGAGAGUAUUGCCUUGACAUUAAUGGCAACUGGUUCAUUGAGCAAUGGAAAUUAUAUGUUCAUCUGUAAGCUGUCGGAGAAUCAGGGAAGAAAGGAAGCAGCGCAAUAUCUUUUAGGCACGGUGACCAAAACCAGUGGUUCCACAGAACGGAUAUUUUGGGAAACAUUGGUGAAAAUGCAAGAAUCAAAGCCAAAACUGAAACUCAUUUUGAAAGAAAUUCAGAACAGAGGUUUUGACUUGCUAUGUAAUGCACGCAUCAGUCAGACGGAAGGGAAGCUAUCAGAUCACCUCAAAGACAUACAAGAUCAACACAAGCAACACCUCCUCCUCAGAACUGAGCAUGUGGUUAAAGGCACCAUCAAAGGAAAGGACAAAAUAGUGACCAUCUCCCUCACCGAUCGAUAUACAGAACUUAUCAUUAUUUCCACUCUCCGUGAACGGAGACUAGUGGAACAUGAGCUCCUUUCCAGAGGCAGAGAUCAUGAAGAAUGGCAGCGGAAGUACAUCACUAGUGACCUUGAAAAAAUCCGGAUCGAUCAACUAUUCAGGAGCAGUUUCGGCCACUCCAGCCUGUCCGGUACCACGGUGGUUAGCGGUGUGGCUGGCAUUGGGAAAACAACAAUGGUGCAGAGGAUGGUCCACGAAUGGGCAGCGGGAAACAUCUAUCCUCAGUUCCAGUUUGUUUUCCAUUUCACAUUUCGAAAUCUUAAUGCCAUAAAGGCAGCUGUUUCUCUAAACAAAAUGGUGUUGGAUUUGUACCCUUAUUUAGAAAAGAUAAUUGAAGAUAUCUGGAUGAAACCUGAACAUCUUCUGUUAGUUUUCGAUGGGUUAGAUGAAUACAAACACCCAAUUGAUUUCACAGGUCAUGUGGCUAGUGAUAUCUCUGCGAGUCGCUGUGUUGGGCCCAACUGCAGUUGCGAAGUUUCUGAAAUCGUCCGCUCCCUGGUACAGCAACAGUUGCUCAAAGGUUGUUCUGUACUGGUCACCAGCCGGCCAACAGCACUUGACUUAUUGGAAAAGGCCAACAUCAACCUUUGGGCUGAGAUCCUGGGCUUUCUUGCUGAUGAAAGAAAAGACUUUUUCAGAAAGUUUUUUGGGAUUGAGAAUCUUGGUGCCAAAGUCUUCAAACAUGUGGAGGAGAACCAGAUCCUGUACACCAUGUGCUAUAACCCUUCGUACUGCUGGAUCAUUUGCUCAACCUUAGGCCCCCUCUUUACACAAUCGAAGUGCAGGCAACCUCUUCCCAAAACCAUCACUCAACUUUUUUCCAUCUACCUUUCCAACCUCUUGGACAACCACAAGCGAGAUGUUGAGGACCAGCGGAUGGUUUUACAACGACUUGGGGAGUUGGCUUACCAGGGAGUUGCAAAAAGGAGAAUUGUUUUCAAUGAGAACCACUUCAUUCAACAUCAGCUGGAGCCCAGCAAAUUCAUUUCAGGAUUCAUGAUGGAGAUCCUGGAAAGAGAUGAUGCAGCUAAAACCAUCGUGUACACAUUUCUCCACCUUACCAUCCAAGAAUUCCUGGCGGCCCUCGCUCAGUACUUGAAUCCAAAGCAUCAAAACGUGGUGGAAAUGCUUCACUGGGCUUUUAAAAAGGACGAUGGUCGGUUUGAGAUCUUCGUUCGAUUUCUGGUUGGUCUUUCAAGUCCCACUUCAUCCCGACAGCUGGAAACAUUCCUGGGUCCGCUGUCUUAUCACACAACCUGCCAGGUGAUAGACUGGCUGCAAGCCAAUGUUCAGGCAGAAAUCAAAAACAUGGACAGAGCCACGGGAAAGAGGAAACUGCUUAACAUAUUUCACUAUCUGUCGGAGUCUCAGAAUGGAGCUUUAGUCCAGAAAACCAUUGGAUCUGUGGAACGUUUGAAUUUUGGGGACUCCAAUCCACAUAAUGCACUGAGAUUGAGUCCAAUGGACUGUGCUGUAAUGUCUCAUGUUGUACAACUUUGUAAAUCAUUGACGGAGUUGAAUUUGGAGAAAUGUUAUGUUCAGGAGGAGGGGAUGAAACAAUUGGCCCCUGCAAUCCACAAAUGCGAAGUUGUAAGGCUGAAUGACAACAGCAUAGGAGAUACCGGAAUCAGCAUUUUGUCUGCAUCAUUGGUGCACCCAGAAUGCAAAACAAAGAGACUGGAUUUGCAGGAUAACAAUCUGACAUUUGCUUGCAUUGAAGACCUGAGGGUGGCCUUUAGUGUGAGCCAAUCAUUGUCAAUGCUAUACCUGGAUGGAAAUAAAUUCACAGAUGAUUGUAUUCCCACUAUGAGAAACUUCAUCAUCAACUGCAAGAAUUUGGAGCUGAUUCAAUUAUGGAGGAAUCUGUUCAGUUCUGAUGGAAAGAAGCAGCUUCGAUCAUUGAGAGAAUGCAGGGCUGGUUUACGAAUAUUUGUGUAAUCAAAGGAUGGAGAAUUUGCCUGCUGUGUGGGCUCUAUCUUAGCAUGAGUUGUAUUUUUCUCACCUCCAUAAAAGAUAAAGUGAAACGCACAAGAUAUUACAUUGACUCCAGAAAAACAAUUCCUGGAAUUCUGAAAUAAAAUGGAAGCGAUGUGGAGUAUUCCUUGUUUCAACAAGAUUUGGUGGAAAAUUUCAGUAGCAGCUGGUGAGCCUGUAUGUACGUGAUAUUCAUUAUCGAGCAGAGGGAAAUAUAGCUGUGACUGUGAAGCUUUUAUAGAGUCAUUGAGGUCUACAGCAUGGCCUAUGCCCUCUAGUUUUUGACUCCCUUACCAUGGGGAAAAUCUGUUGCUAUCCACCUUAUCUAUGCCUCUCAUGAUUUUAUAGACGCUGAAAAGGUCACUCCUUAGUCUCCUAUUCUCCAGGGGAAAAAAAAUGCCCCAGCCUAUCCAACCUCUCCUUAUAACUCAAACCUUCCAAUUCAGGAGGCAUCGUCGUAAAUCUGU